UUCGUCCCGCAGCUUCCGGCAGAAGCGGAAGGGGCGGCGGAAGCGGAAGUGGCGGUGCCGCGUGCGGGUGGCGGCGCCUGUCCCGGCCCCGAUCCCGGCCCCGCCAUGGCUGUCCGCGCCAGCUUCGAGAACAACAACGAGCUGGGCUGCUUCGCCAAGCUCACCAACGCCUACUGCCUCGUGGCCAUCGGCGGCUCCGAGAACUUCUACAGCGUCUUCGAGGGGGAGCUCUUCGGGACCAUCCCGGUGGUGCACGCCUCCAUCGCCGGCUGCCGCAUCAUCGGCCGCAUGUGUGUGGGGAACAGGCACGGGCUGUUAGUCCCAAGCAGUACGACAGACCAAGAGCUUCAACAUAUCCGCAAUAGUCUUCCAGAUUCUGUACGAAUUCAGCGAGUAGAAGAGCGGCUCUCAGCUCUGGGCAAUGUCACUACCUGCAAUGACUACGUAGCUCUUGUUCAUCCAGAUCUUGACAGGGAGACAGAAGAGAUCUUGGCAGAUGUACUAAAAGUUGAGGUUUUUAGACAAACGGUAGCAGAUCAGGUGCUGGUAGGAAGUUACUGUGUUUUUAGUAAUCAAGGAGGAAUUGUGCACCCCAAAACCUCAAUUGAUGAUCAGGAUGAACUCUCUUCAUUGCUUCAGGUCCCACUGGUGGCAGGAACAGUGAAUCGUGGCAGUGAGGUCAUUGCAGCAGGAAUGGUUGUAAAUGACUGGUGUGCCUUUUGCGGGCUGGAUACAACCAGUACUGAACUCUCUGUUAUUGAGAGUGUCUUCAGACUGAAUGAAGCUCAGCCAAGUACCAUUGCUACAAACAUGAGAGACUCCCUGAUUGACAGCUUGACAUGAGAAGUGUUGGUUCCUACCUUCCAGGAAGCUCCCAAGGGGUGAAAUGUCAGGCUGCACUGUGGAGUACAGACUUCUAGACCUUCUGCUGCAGGCCUAGCACAAGGAAGAGGCUACAAACCCAACUUUUUAUAGUGUUUUGUAAACAAAGUAUUCUUACAAAACUGAUAAAUAAUAUGUACAAGUUACAAAUAAGGAAUGCUCUGUAUCCCUUUGCUGACAUCCUCCAGUUCUUUAAUAACAAUAGAGCUCUUUCUCUCUGUGAUGCUGAACUAGACCCUCAAAAUAGUCCACGAUAUUUACUCUUAGCUUUGGGGUAUUGAUCACUAGAGGUUAUUUUGCCUUAAACAGUGGAUCAGUGUUCUGUUGCACAGCAGUCUGUUUCAGCACACAUACAGCACUGUUUUCUGUUUCCACACUUCUGCUAAAGAAUGUUUCUGCUGUAGGUAGACUUAAGAGCUCCUUGCUGUUCCUAUACCAAAGUGUCCUGAGUUUACUUGCCACGAAAAUAUUCAGAAAUUAUCAGCUGCUCUCUUGCCCUCACUUGUUGUUAUUCCCAUGGGGCAGGGAAAAGUGAUUUCUAAAGUGAGAAGUGAUCAGCUCAGUUGGAGUUUCUCAAAGAAGUUAAUCCAGGGACUUAAAACAGCAGCAAAGUGUGGACUGUCUCCAGAACAGUGGGUUUUGAUCUGUUGUCUGCACGUGCCUGGUGACCUGUGUGCUGCUUCUGAGGCAUCUGCAAGAGAAAGCCUAGAAAAGCAUGCUACUGUCAGUGGGUCUAAACUUGCUCUACAGGAGUUGGCCGCCUACACUGGGAAAUUCUUAAAGUCAGCAAAUCAAAAAAGGUUGAAAUGCACUCUUCUUGAGUUAUGUAGAAAAAAGCUAAGUAAUCCAGUUCUAACCAGUUCCUCCAUUCAGUCAUACAUUUCAGAUUUGGGAGCUGGCUAAUACAGAGCAUCUGCUCUUGUCAGAGAGUGAUGAUGACAAAAAGGAGCUAUAGAUGCUGCUUUCAGAUAUAUGAUAGUUGUUUGCUUUUAAACACAGCUGUUCUUCUGUAAUCUCUCAUUUCUGCUUGCCUGCUAGAGGUGUGUUGAAGGCAGAAGAAUGCCUCUGCUUCCCAUCCUAGCAGGAUGUAGAAGCAUUUCUCUUGAUUCCACACAGCUGCACUACUCUCAGUUGGUUUUCCUGGAGGAGGUGGAGUACUGUCCUGAACACAGUGUGGACAUAGCUUUUUUUGGCCCUGGUGCUUCAGGCUUUCAUUUCGGUUUUGCUCUUUGGAUGUUUAGGGAAGGAUUUACAAGUUUUUGUUUGACUAAAGGAUGUUCUUUAAAUAAGGAUUGCAAUAGGAUCUUCUCGGAAUCAUAGCAGUCCUGCCAUCCUGGUCCGUCUGUAACGGUAACGGAGCCAGUGGCUACCAUUUUCAGUCAACUCCCCUUCCCUCUGCCAUUGGGGAAGCCUGUAAGCAGCCUGUAGCUUUCCUUGCUACUGUUUGGCUAAGAAUUUUUUGGUUUUUUUAUGGCCCCUUUGAUAGACUGAACAACCUUUCUUGUUGCUGACUCCAGGUCUCUUCCUUUUAGUAAAUCUUGAGAGCCAGAAGCUGCUUUCCUUUGUUCCCAGGGCUACGUUAUUGGGUGUAAAAUGGUGGAGUCUGCCCAUUGCUACAAGUGUUGGCAUGUAUUCAUCACAGCUGUGAAAUGAAUAAAGCUGAGGCUUUCCUCUGCAAUUUCUGUAACUGCAUUUUUUCAUUCCAACUGAUAGGCAGGAAUGCUAGUUCAUAAUGGUGAUCUUGGUGUGUAUUAAGUGUUAAAAGUUGCGUAGUGGUAAACAACAACAACAUCCAGUCUCUGUGAAAUCCAGUUCAGUGCUUAAACAGAAAAGAUACUGGCACACUGUUGGAGAUUGUCAGAUGCCAAAAAGGACUGGAGAAAGAAAGCAAAAGAGGAUGUUGCUGACAGUGGUGCCUUGUAAAGAUUGCAUUGGUGCUUGAAGAUUGGAAGGUGACAAAUGUGCUAUCAGUUCUAAACAAAGGGCAUAUGGGAAUUCUGGACUAGUAAGGUGGACCUAUGUACAAGGAAAAUUAAUAGAAACUAUAAUAAAGAAUGGAAUUAGUGGAAA